AUGGACCGUCUUCCCUCGCCGCCUCCAUCGGAUUCCGAUAGCGACGACUGGCACACCAGCAAAACCGAGACCCUCUCAUCCCUCAUCAAGUCCACAUACCAGACGUCAGUCUUGAAGUUCUUUGUCAAUGGACGGCCAGUCACUGUUAAGAAUCCCAACCCGGACUGGGUUCUCCUCGACUGGAUCCGAGCUCAAGAUGGCCUCAAGGGCACCAAACUGGGAUGUGGUGAGGGUGGGUGCGGCGCCUGUACUGUAGUGCUACAGGUUGCAGAGGCAGAUAGACAGAUCAAGCAUCUUGCCGUCAACGCAUGCCUGUAUCCGCUCAUAGGUGUCGAUGGCAAAAGUCUAAUAACUAUCGAGGGCCUUGGCAAUGUCAACCAUCCUCAUCCGUUGCAGGAAAGAAUCGCGAAAAUGCACGGCACACAAUGUGGAUUCUGCACACCGGGAAUCGUAAUGAGCCUCUACGCCUUGGUCCGAAACUCCUACCGCAAUGGGAAAUUCCACCUCACCCAUUCCGACGUCGAGCUUCAAGGCCAUCUCGACGGGAAUCUCUGUAGAUGUACCGGGUACAAACCCAUAUUCGAAGCCGCACGUACCUUUGUCACAGAGGAUCUAAAUGGUGUCCUGGCAAAGACCGACCAAGAUGAAGACAAUUUUGGACCAAGUCCGCCCUUAUCAGAAGAUGAUGAAGAUGGGUUUCUCAGUUCCGUGAAUAAGCCUGGAUCAUGCGGUCGGCCAGGUGGAUGUUGUCGAGACAAUCCAAAACCCGCAGACAUAAAUAGCGUGGUUUCACAGCCUGAGCUUAGCCCUCCUACAUCUGAAGACGACGAGGAUAUCAAGACUUUGCUGAUCUCUAGCAAGGCCGGCUCAUGUGGAAGACAAGGAGGAUGCUGUCGAGAUGGACCGAAGGAAAAGGCCAGUUCCAGUCUCCCAGUCGAGGAGGAGCCCUCCCCAAACAUGAUGGACACUCCCAUAUCCGCCCCCAGACCAAAGGAGGAGCCUAUCACCUCCAAUCAGCCAGAUGAAAUGGUCACCAAGCAGAUACUGGUUCCAUAUGACCCGACAACCGAGCCGAUAUUCCCACCUUCACUCUGGAAAUACCAACCACGACCCAUCUGCUAUGGCGAUAACCGAAGACUUUGGUUCAAGCCCACAACUCUGGAGCAGCUACUACAACUUAAGGCCGUCUACCCAGCAGCGAAGAUUGUGGGAGGUGCAAGUGAGACACAGAUUGAGGUUCGCUUCAAGAAGUUGGCAUACCAGGUCAACGUCUUUGCAGCAGAUAUCACAGAGCUCAACACCUUCCGGGAGCCUGUGCCCCGGACUCUAGCCGAGCUUAGUGCACUUGCUGAGAUCUUCAUACCCGGCAAUCUCACUCUGAGCAAAGUCGAAGAACUUUGCAAAGACUUGUAUGAAAAGCUUGGCCCCCGGGCCUUCGCCUUUGAGGCACUGCGGAAGCAGCUGCGCUACUUUGCUGGUCGUCAGAUCCGCAAUGUUGCGAGUCUUGCUGGCAGCUUGGCCACAGCCAGCCCCAUCUCGGACUCAGCACCUGUGCUCCUGGCAGCGGGAGCAAAGGUCGUUGUGAGGUCGCACGCCAAAGGAACAUUUGACAUCCCUCUAUCGUCUUGGUUCAUCCGCUACCGCACUACUGCCCUGCCAGAAGAUGGUGUCAUAACUCAGAUUGUUGUACCACUACCACCUGCGGGUGCGCGUGAGGUCACCAAAGCAUACAAACAGGCCAAGAGGAAAGAUGACGACAUUGCUACUGUGACAGCGGGUCUGAGAGUCCGACUCGAUGAAGACGGGUUUAUUGAAGAUUGUGCGUUCGCGUUCGGCGGCAUGGCUCCCACGACUGUGAUGGCGGAAAAGGCACGGCAAGCAGUUCUUGGAAAGCGCUGGGGCGAGGCUGCAACUCUCGAGGUCGCUACGGAUGCACUCUUGGAACAAUUCGACCUCGCAUAUGGUGUACCCGGUGGCAUGGCGCAAUACCGCAGAGUGUUGACAAUCUCCAUGUUCUUCCGGUUCUGGCAUGAGGCUGUUCACGAACUGGGUCUGGCCAAAGUCAGUUCUGAUCUCAUUCAAGAGAUCCAUCGCGAUAUCUCGUCUGGCUACCGCGACAACUUCACUGCUUCCAUGAAGAACCGAGGGACACACACUGUGGGAAGGCCGAUUCCACAUUUGUCUGCGCUGAAGCAUUGCACAGGCGAAGCCGAGUACCUCGAUGACAUGCCUCGACAGCACAACGAAUUAUUUGGUGCAUUGGUUCUAGCUAAGAGAGCACAUGCCGAGUUGGUCAGUGUUGACUAUACUGCGGCUUUGGAGAUGCCUGGUGUUGUCGGAUACAUCGACAAGAAUAGUCCUGCCAAGGGAACCAACAUCUGGGGUGCCGUGGUGCACGAUGAAGAGCUCUUUGCCGAGGAUACCAUCCGCUACUACGGACAGGUCAUUGCUUUGAUUUAUGCGGAGACAGCUCUCCAGGCCAGGGCAGCCGCCGAUCGUGUUGAAGUUGUCUACAAAGACCUUUCAUCCAUUAUCACCAUCGACGAAGCGAUUAAUGCCGAAAGCUUCUUCAAGCACGGAAAGCAACUACGAAAGGGCGAUGCUGUCGAAGGCUCUCUAGAAGAAGCCUGGAGCAAUUGUGACCACAUUAUUGAAGGAACCACAAAAAUGGGCGGUCAAGAACACUUCUACCUCGAGACCAACGCAGCACUUGCCAUCCCGCACAUUGAGGACGGCUCCAUGGAAGUAUACUGCUCAACUCAAAACCUGAUGGAGAACCAAGUCUUUGUCGCUCAGGUGUUGGGGCUCCCAAUGAGUCGUGUGAACAUGAGAGUCCGUCGCAUGGGCGGAGCUUACGGCGGAAAGGAGUCUAGAAGCACGCCAAUUGCGAUGUACAUCGCCCUCGCAGCUCGAAGCGCAAACCGGCCGGUGCGUAUGAUGCUCAACCGCGACGAAGACAUGGCCAUCACCGGCCAGCGACACCCGUUCCAAUCACGCUGGAAAGUAGGCGUGAGCUCCCAGGGUAAGAUUCAGGUCCUCGACAUGGACGUAUACAAUAAUGGAGGAGCAUCACUUGACAUGAGUGGCGCAGUUAUGGAUCGUGCCUGCACCCACAUAGACAAUUGCUACUACAUCCCACAUGCUUGGAUCCGAGGCUGGGUUUGCAAGACCAACACAGUCAGCAACACAGCUUUCCGCGGCUUUGGAGGUCCCCAGGGCAUGUACAUUUGCGAAAGCAUGAUGUACAAAAUAUCAGAAGCUCUUCAUAUUGAUGUUGACGAGCUUCGCCGCCGUAACCUUUACGAGAUCGGCCAGCGAACCCCAUUCUUGCAAGAGAUCACCGACGACUUCCACGUACCGACCAUGCUGGACCAACUCACCGUCAAAUCUGACUACGAGAAACGAAAGGCUUCAAUUAGGGAGUUCAACUCUAAGCACCGAUUCAAGAAACGGGGCAUUUCGAAGAUCCCAACCAAGUUUGGCCUCAGUUUUGCCACGGCUGUUCACCUGAAUCAAGCGGGAGCAUACGUAAAGAUAUACGAAGACGGCUCGGUGCUCUUGCAUCAUGGUGGAACCGAGAUGGGCCAGGGCCUUUAUACGAAAAUGGCCCAAGUUGCCGCCGAGGAGCUGGGUGUUAGUGUCGAUGAGGUCUUUAACAAAGACUCCCAGACUGAUCAAGUUGCGAAUGCCUCUCCGACCGCCGCAUCCUCCGGGAGUGACCUCAACGGUCAAGCUGUGAAAAACGCCUGCGAUCAACUCAGAGAACGUCUCGCGCCAUACCGAGAGAAAUAUGGGGCCGAUGCCCCCAUGUCGAAGAUUGCACAUGCUGCGUACACGGACAGAGUCAAUUUGGCUGCAAACGGUUUUUGGAAGAUGCCACGAAUAGGAUACGAAUGGGGUAAUUGGAAAGAUCCUUUGCCCAUGUAUUACUACUGGACUCAGGGAGUUGCGAUCAGUGAAGUUGAACUGGACACUUUGACAGGAGACUCGACGGUCCUUCGAACGGACAUCAUGAUGGACAUUGGUCGCUCCAUUAACCCAGCAAUCGACUAUGGUCAGAUAGAGGGCGCAUUUGUUCAAGGCCAAGGCUUAUUCACCAUGGAGGAGUCCCUGUGGACCAAGUCAGGAGAGCUCUUUACCAAAGGCCCGGGCACGUAUAAGAUUCCAGGAUUCUCCGAUAUUCCUCAGCAGUUCAAUGUCUCGACAUUGCAACACGAUUCGGAAGGAAAUCCAAUUAGCUGGAGCAAACUGCGUUCUAUCCAGAGCAGUAAAGGAACGGGAGAGCCGCCGCUGUUCUUGGGAUGCACGGUUUUCUUUGCGCUGAGAGAAGCUGUCAAGGCAGCUCGAGAGAUGAACCACGUUAGGGAACCACUUGUGCUGAACUCACCAGCCACAGCAGAAAAGUUGCGUUUAGCGGUGGGAGAUCCGCUGGUUCGGAGGGCUGCGGUCAAGGUGAAGGAAGGCGAGAAAGAGUGGUUCACCAGAAUUGAGUCAUAG